AAUAUACCUUAAAUUGCAUGUUACUUUGUAAUAAUCUUUGUAAGACGUAUUCUUUGGCUCGGAAAGUUAAUUAUUCGCCAAAUCAUUAAACAAAAUUUGAAAUAACAGAAAAGUUCUUCGAGCGUUUUAAAGUUCGUCCUCAGUUUAACUUCAUAACUUUAACUACGUUUUGUAUCACGCUUAUUGGACACUGUGGAAAAUAUCAGUGGUACCGCCGUUCCCCCAACGAUAUACGUCGGGAACGAAAAUUACUCUUUUUAGAGUAAGUUCUACUAUUAUGAGUUUAUUUUGUUCAUAAACUAUGUAUUAUCUUUCACGGCCGUUAAACCAACGCUCUUAAGAUUUAAAAAUUCAUUCACUUUAUCGUUUCUCAAUUCUUUUGACUUCUGCAGCUUCAGUCGGCCUUGCCCAAUUGCGCACUGGCGUUACACCGGUGUAAAGCAAAGUGAAAACUGUCGCGCACAAAAUAUUUACUACUCUCUGUCAGCUGUAGAAGUUGACAGCCGAUCGUAGUUCCAAUUCUGGUCAGCAGAUGGCAGCAAGUAACAACGCUUUCUGCCGCCAAGCUCGGUUUCUUGGGAGAGCCUCGGCUCCUGGCAGAAUCCUUGUCGAUCAGUCGCCGCAGUCGACUUGCUGGGUCGGACGCGUGCGGUCCUGUGUAGCGGUCGAGUGGCUUGUUUAGUUUUAGUGUGCUUCUGUCACGCUGAGUGGGAGGUGCAGGUUAAGUAUUUGUUCUCAUCGCAGUGAAUUCAGUGUACAUGCUGUGACAGUGGCCUUUGCGGCACAUACUGUGAUAAACAUUGCUCUCCUGCCGGAGCUAUACUACUUAGUCUUUGUGAAUAAGAACAUCUGUUUCAACUAGCGGCCCUUGCUGUAGACAGUCACCCAGAGGAAGAUAUGUGCUUUUCCAUGUGAGUACUCCCUGCUGCUGCUGCUGCUGCUGCUGCUGCUGUUGCUACACCCGCCGCGUAUCUGAGCCGCAGCCGCCACACGCGAGGACUGUCGCUCGGUUCAUCGCCGGUGGGGCCGCUCCAUCAGAUCAGCCGACUGGCUGGUCAGCGUCGCAGCCGUGUGCCCGAAUGAGUGUCGGCGCGGCAUGUGGGCGGCGCUGCACAGCUGGCAGCGGUCGCAGCUGUGCAAGCUGCUGGCGGUGCUGGUGGCGGCGGCGCUGCUGGCGCAGUGCGCCUUCUCGCUGCUGGAGCCUCGCGGCCUGGAGCCGCUCUUCACCAUCAGCUCGCUGCCGCUGCGCCGGCCCGGGCCGGGCGCCGCCGGCGCCUACCGCGCACGCACUCACGCGCCGCCGCGCGGCCUGCUCUUCUCCGCCUCCGACGGGCUGCCCGCCGCCGACGCCACCGCCACCGGCGCCACGCCCGCCGCCGCGCCGGACUUGGCCUCGCUCUCCGUCGACGGCGCCAACUCCUCGGCAGCCGCCAACCUCUCCGCGCUGCCCAUCUGCCCAGUGCUGCCGCCCAACCUCGAGGGCCCGCUGAAGGUGUCGCGCGAGUCGGCGCCUCUGGCCUCGCUGCAGGAGGGCCGCGGGCCGGCGUGGCUGCGCGCGCUGUCGGCCGGCGGACACUUCCGGCCGUCGGGCUGCCGCGCGCGACACCGCGUCGCCGUCGUGGUGCCCUACCGAGACCGCGCCGCACACCUCGCGCUGCUGCUCACCAACCUGCACCCCCUGCUGCAGAAGCAGCAGCUCGACUACCGCAUCGUCGUCGUCGAGCAGGCGGGAAAUGGUGCCUUUAAUCGUGCCAUGCUGAUGAACAUUGGCUUUGUGGAGGCUCUCAAGCUGUAUGACUUCCAGUGUUUCAUCUUCCAUGAUGUAGACCUGCUGCCAGAGGAUGACCGUAACCUGUAUACGUGCCCAGAGCAGCCGAGGCACAUGUCUGUGGCCAUUGAUGUCUUCAAGUACAGACUGCCAUAUGCCGACAUUUUUGGAGGAGUAAGUGCCAUGACACGGGAGCAGUUCCAGAAAGUGAAUGGCUUCAGCAACAUGUUCUGGGGAUGGGGUGGUGAAGAUGACGACAUGUCAAAUCGCAUUCGUUUCCACGGGUACCACAUCUCACGGUACCCAGCCAACAUAGCACGCUACAAGAUGCUCACACAUCGAAAACAGCGUGCUAAUCCUAAGCGCUACGAGUUCCUCAACACGGGUCGCCGUCGUUUUCGCACUGAUGGGCUCAACAGCCUGCACUAUGACUGUGAGCGGACUCUAUUGUAUCGCUCACACACACAGCUGCUUGUCCGCCUGCCAUCGCCUACUGCACCCAGCUGAUGGGCCGCCAACUUUGUGGGGCUUUGGCAUGGCUGAAACUGGAUACGUGGCUGUAUACCCAUCAGUCAUCACAUGAAUGAGUCAGCACUUUUCUGAUACCUGCACAACUGACUGGAAGUAUUCUUGUGUAACCUCAUCACAUUAUAACACAUCACAUAAUAUUUCAUGGUACAGUCAACAUGUGUAUCACUGAAUCUAUUGGGUGCUUCUUUCAUUGAGUGGAUAUGAUGGAAAAAAUACUGGUUUUAUGGGAAGGUUUGUCCCCUUCCCCUUGAAUAAUUUCCAUCUAUAAAGUUAGUUCAUGUACCCGCCUGAAACUUUUGAAAAAAUGUAAUGCUACUAUGUGUAAUCUCAAUCUUUAUCCCUUCAUGUCUUGUUCAUGUUUGUUUGAAUUUGUAAGCUUGUACAACAUUCUGAAAUUUCAUAUAGUCUAUGGGGAAUGUUAUUAACGAACAAUAUUGCCUCAAAUUUGACUUUUAUGGUGGAUCUAAAAUAUCCCGCUUUUUAAAUCAAACUAGGAAGUCAUCAGGUUAUUUAUGUUACAAUAAUAGAAUCUCUUAAGCUAUUGGGUUGUGCGGAUUUUGAGUUUAAAUGAAAUAACUCUCUAACUUUCUAACUUUCUACUUUGUGUCUAUUGCAGUGCAAUAGUGUGCCGAGGAUGUUCACCACAAAAAAUAGUGCUUCGUAUUCUGUCAGAUGAACAUGUAAUGGAUAAGCUAUUGAAUUCAUGAGACUGCCAUACCUCGCAGUUGUUAGUAAAACAUUAAUUAUUAACUGCCACAUUUAUACUGCAUGGUGCUAUAGUCUCAUCAGUGAUGAACCUCUGGACUGGUGUUGUUGAGACAGGUUGUGGUCAGUUGUAAUGUGUCGCAUAGUGGUGCUGAAUUUGUCGCCAAAUUUUGUGUGUACCAAAAAAACUGUUAUAGUUUUUCAAUUGAUUAUGUGUAGUAAUAUUAGCAUCUACCAGUGAGUAGCACAGAUACAGAAACAGGAAGUAAUAUUAUUGCUUUUGUGUAUGUAACUUCUACAUGAAGGAUUGCUCUUUUGCAGCUGGCCUGUAAAAGCAAGUUUGAAGACAUUAGAGUUUAGUCAAAGUUCUUGAGAACUGUUCAGGAACUGAGAUGAGAAUCUCCACUGUGUCAGCUUAAGAGUAUGAUUGUGUAAUAUAAAGGUUUUGCUAAUAUUUUCAGUUAGUGUACUGUGGAAGUGCUGUUUAAUCUGCAACUGUUUAUUGUCAGUGUGAAUAUAUGUGCCUUACAAUUGUAUGUUGAUUCUGGCAGUUUACACAUUCCAAAUCAGUUGUGCACAAAAUAUGAAAAACUAUUGAUAUUAAUAUGAUUUUCUUAUUAGAGCAUAAUUGCUACCCUCCAUAACCUAAAGAAGAUUGGUCUGUGAAACUGCUGAGAAUAUAAUUGUUAGGUAAUGUUGAUGUAAUUGCAGUGCAGGCAGUAUGUAACAAGCAUGUGCAAAUAUUUGUGGUAGAAUGUAUGUAUGUAGUUGAAUUUCAAAAACUAGUCGGAGUGAUUGAAUGGUACAUAUCAUUUCUGUUGCUUGUUCUACAGAUUUUCUUUCUUGUGUGUGUUGUCCAUCUAUAUUCCUAUUCAAUUGAGUAUCCCAUUGGGACCAGUUCAUUGUUUUUGUUGUUAAAAUGUUACAAAAUUUGUCAUCUAAUAAUUAUAAAGAAAUUAGAGGCCUGCAUAUUCUUGUGAUUUUUGUGAUAUUUUAUUUUUAUGUGAUGGUAAAUAUCUGUGAUUAAUAGUGGCUAGGGAGAUAGAACAGUUAGAAAUUUUUUCUAAGAAUUUUAUGUGUGAAACUCUAUUGUUAGUCGGAUGAAUAGUGUGUGGUAUCAAAAUUAUGAAGUUUACUUACAAUAAACAAUUAAGAAACAGGAAAGAUUUUCUUCUGAAAGUUAGGAGCUUACAUAUUUACACGUGUUCCAGAUAAAAUAAUUGUUUCAUAAGUAACAGGGAUAUUUUGUCAAUAAAUUUUAAUUUUAAUUGGAAUAAUAUCAGAACUAUUUUUUUAAAGGUGUUGAUAGUAGGCAUUUGACAUCUGUAAAAAGUUGAUACUGAAGUUGUAUGACAUGUUUGAGAAUUCGCCAAAAGAUUAAGUGCAGGAGGCUGGAAGAGUGAGAAAUCCAGCUUCUGUGUGAAUGAGUUGUAGAAAGCUAAACAUUGUCUCAUAUAACUUUCUUCACUACUCAUUCGGUACACAGGAUGAUGUGCUGAACUGCUAAACACAAAAUUAUCGGCCCAAAAAUAUUUAUGUCUUGUAAAUUGGUCUUCUGAUUUGUGGCAAAUUAUUUCUUAGAGGAAAUAAAAUAGAAACAUACUAUAAUAUUAUGUAAGAAAAAAAAAUUCUUCACUCAUGUCAUUGAAAUAAAUUCAUAUUUGAGCCUUAAAAGUAAAAUUGUUAACAUGACCCUAUGCUAUUGUAGAUUCCAGCAACUAGCUCUCUCUCUCUCUCUCUCUCUCUCUCUCUCUCUCUCUCUCUCUCUCUCUCUCUCUCUCUCUCUCUCUCUCUCUCUCUCUCUCUAUCUGCAGGGAUCAAUGAAUGGUGAAUGAUUUGAAACAGGUCAACUAUCAAUGAACUAUUAAUAAAAGGAAGCAAUUGCUAUAAACGUGAAACUGCUCUUCUCCCAGUUGUGCAUUAUUCAGUUAAUGUUUACACAGGAUAUACAUACCACUUACUAGGCUCACUUCUUUUAGUAAAUAGAUAACUAUUAAAAAUUGCGGCAGACAGCAGUAGAGUGGGGGGGAUGGGGGGGGGGGGGGGGGGAGGGGAAACUUUGAACAUGCCCAGUGGAAAUUCUUAACAAAGUGUAAAAUCACAGUGAAGUCAAAGCAGUCUUCCAGUUUUAAACAGAGUGAACAGGUAUGACAGAUCCCUUAAAAAGUAACAUUUGGUAUUCAGUAAUAAUUCUUGUUUUGAAUUAAAUAGUCUGUUUUAUGACCAUACUUUCUCAUUAGAUUCCAAUGAGAAGCAUAAUAUAAACUGUCACAUGUUAUAAUCAUAAUUCGCAUUACUGUUUGUUGUGCACAUUCAUUUCAGUAUAUUUGAUUUAGCUAGGUUUCCUGCUGAAAUUUACACUUCAUAAAUUUGAAAGGAGAUGUUAAAUGUAUUAUAGGACAUUAUCUUCUGGAUAACUGCAGGGAUAUAAUACAUUUUUACAAGAGCUGUUUUGUAGGCUAUAUUUCAAUAUUAAUUUUAUUUCCUUUUAGUGUAACUGGAACAGUAUAAUAUAUUUUCAGGAAUUGCCCCUGUUGUCUUGCUUUAUCUUAAUGAAUUUAACAUUUUCUUCCAAACUGAAAUCGGAAUACAAAAAAGUUUCUAGGUAUUUAAAUAAGUACUGAAAGGCAAAAGAGAUUUUUUUUUUUUUUUGGGGGGGGGGGGGGGGGGAGGGAGUAGAAGAACGACAGAAAUGAUGCAAAUGUAUUUCUCUCAAUGCUCCUCCUUCGCACCCCACUCCCCUCCCCCCUCCUCCCACAUCUGGCCACUUCUCUGAAAAAAGAAAGACAGAUGGACAGACAUAACAAAUUUCUGUGGAUUUUGAAUUUUGAAGGAGUAACAGACACUUCAUUCCUUUGACACACUUAAUUUAUCAAACUAAUUUAUGAUGCAGUAUCGGUUCUUAAGAUAAAUUAAAAUGUCAGAUAAGUUCACAAUAAUAAGUUACUGUCACACAGAUUCUAGCUACCAGUUUGUAAUCAGAUUUGUUUAAAUCUUAAAACCAGUUAAAAAUUCAGUUAUGGUUGUUGGUUAACUAUAAUAAAAUUUUACAUACCUGCAUCAUAUUCACUCUGCUGUAGCAUACUGCUAACAAAAAUAUCAUUUCAUUAACAUUGUAAUUAUGUGGAAGUUAGUCCUUGUGCAAUUUCAGGCAUUAACAAAAUGUUUUUUUCAUAAUUAUAAGGCUGCUUCAUAAGUCAGAAAAAAGUUCCAGGUCAGUGAAUGAAAUUACUUCUAUAUAUAUUCAGAAUGUAAACUAUUAUAAAUACAAAAUGAAGCUGGAGCAUAUGUAGCACUGUUGCAACUCAAACUUUGUAAAUAAACGAUCUGGAAUACUGUCAGAUA